UAAAUUCUAUCUAAUAUUAAAAUCUCAUGCUAAUUUUAAGUUACGUUCCAAAUUCGUCGGCGGUUAAACCUUAUUCGUUCCAUACACCAGAAAUUCUUGAGCGACGGCCCGGUCGGAUCACUAAGGUCGAUUUUUGUCCUCCUCAGUUUUCUUCUGUCUUUUCACUGGAGGGCCGUUACCUCUCCAAAAAUCUGAUCUUCAUUCCAAACCAUGAGCUCAACUCAACUUUUCCCCAUUAAUUCUAUUUCACCAGCAACAUAUCACCAUCGCUCAAUUAACCUCAAAAAUGGAAGAUUUUUCAUUCCAUUCAGUAAUUUUAAAAUCAGUGCUUGUGUUAAUGUGGACGUUAGAGCACCAGAUUUGGGGAAAAUAGGGUUUGGGGCUGUUAGUAAGGAGGUGAUGGAGGAAGAAGGGAGGGUUUUGGUGGGGACAUAUGCGAGAGCUGCGGUGGUGCUGUCCAGUGGCAAAGGUUGUAAAUUGUACGAUGUUGAAGGGCGAGAGUAUUUGGACUUGACGUCCGGUAUCGCCGUGAACGCGCUCGGGCAUGGUGAUCCUGAUUGGAUUAGGGCGGUGACGGAGCAGGCAAACAUGGUCACGCAUGUCAGCAAUAUUUUCUACUCCAUUCCGCAGGUGGAGCUUGCAAAACGUCUCAUUGCCUGUUCGUUUGCUGAUCGCGUUUUUUUCUCAAACUCUGGGACAGAAGCAAAUGAAGCUGCUAUUAAAUUUGCCAGAAAAUUUCAACGACAUCUUCAUCCUGAUGCGACGCAACCACCAACAGAGUUUAUUUCCUUUUCUAAUAGCUUCCAUGGGCGGACCAUAGGUGCUCUUGCCUUGACAAGCAAAGAGCAUUACCGCGCACCUUUUGAACCUAUCAUGCCUGGGGUUACUUUCUUAGAAUAUGGAAAUAUUAAAGUUGCAGUAGACCAUAUUCAGAGUGGUAGAAUUGCUGCGGUGUUUGUGGAACCUAUCCAGGGCGAAGGUGGCAUAUACAGUGCAACAAAGGAAUUCUUACAAUCCUUACGUACUGCUUGUGAUGAUGCUGGGUCAUUACUGGUUUUUGAUGAGGUUCAAUGUGGCUUGGGUCGCACUGGUUAUCUCUGGGCUCAUGAAGUCUAUCGUGUAUUCCCAGAUGUAAUGACUCUUGCCAAGCCUCUUGCUGGAGGUCUACCCAUUGGAGCCGUGCUAGUAACUGAAAGAGUAGCUGCUGCCAUAAAUUACGGAGAUCAUGGAAGCACUUUUGCUGGUGGACCCCUUGUUUGCAAUGCUGCAAUUGCUGUCCUGGAUAAAAUCACCAAGCCAGGUUUCUUGACCAGCGUCGCCAAGAAAGGUAAAUAUUUAACCGAGAUGUUGGUGCAGAAAUUAGGAGGAAAUUCACAUGUGAAAGAAGUACGAGGUUUGGGGCUGAUAAUCGGGAUAGAAUUGGAUGUAUCCGCCUCGCCACUAGUGGAUGCUUGCCGAGAGUCUGGUCUUCUAGUACUAACUGCAGGAAAAGGCAACGUUGUUAGGCUUGUGCCUCCUUUGAUCAUAUCGGAGCAGGAAUUGGACCGUGCAACAGAGAUCUUGUCCGAGUGUUUGCCGGUACUUGAUGGGAAUAAGUUGAAGUAGGAGAAGUGCAAGUUUAGGGUAGUUGGCCCAGCCAUCUGUCCCAUAAAUUAAAGCUCAUGAAGAUUUUCAUUCAAACUGUCAAAGAUUUUAGAUCAAACCGAAUGUGAAUCCAGAAAUCAAUACCAAUCUAAACCCCUUCCUCCCCGUUACCUUUUCUUCCAAGGUUUUUUAAUUUUUUCCGAUUUAUUGGUGGGGUA